UGAUCCGUGUAGAUAUGCCCCACUAUAACAACAUCAUCGUUUUGGACUUGAAAACUACUAUAAUCCAUCUGAUUUGAUCUGCUCUGAUCUGUAGUAGCAAACCCUAUGGCUGUUUUCUCCAAUUUAGUCAAACAAACUCACCUAAUUAUAAAACAACAUUCAAAAGCACCAAACUUUUUGCACUCUGGAUUCCAAUUCCGUACACUUCUCCUUCAGUCGGCUUCUGAUUCCGUCAAACUUCAUCGACUUCCCGAUGCCGAUUCCGGAAUUAUACAAAUUGAUAUGGAUAGACCCGAAGCGAAAAACGCCCUUGGAAAGGAUAUGUUGGGGGGAUUACUGAAUAGUUUUGAAGCUAUAAGUACAGACUCUGCUGCAAAUGUGUUGAUGAUUUGCAGUCAAGUUUCUAGAGUCUUCUGUGCCGGCGCCGAUUUAAAGGAAAGAAGGGGAAUGAACGUAUCUGAGGUUAGAGCUGUUGUUAACUCACUGAGGUCAACAUUCUUAUUCUUAGAGGAACUCCAAAUUCCAACUAUCGCAGUUAUUGAAGGUGCAGCAGUGGGCGGGGGAUUGGAGAUGGCACUAGCUUGUGACCUUCGGAUAUGUGGAGAAGAUGCGAAGCUGGCCUUGCCAGAAACCGGGCUUGCUGUAAUACCAGGGGCUGGAGGGACACAACGUCUGCCUAGGUUGGUUGGGAAAUCAAUAGCCAAAGAGCUUAUUUUCACUGGCAGGAAGAUCAGUGCCAGAGAUGCUUUGUCGCUGGGUUUGGUCAACUAUUGUGUUCCUGCUGGCGAGGCUUAUUCAAAGGCACUUGAAGUUGCCCGUGAUAUAAAUAAAAAGGGUCCUGUAGCGAUCAGGAUGGCUAAGCGAGCCAUUAAUGUGGGUCUAGAAGUGAACAUGACCAACGCAUUGCGUGUGGAGCAAGACUGCUAUGAACAGACGCUGCACACAAAUGACCGCUUAGAAGGCUUGGCUGCCUUUGCUGAGAAGCGAGAACCUUUGUACAAAGGUGAAUAAAAUUAGCAAACAUCAACUUUAACCAUUGCAAACAUGACAUUGAUUAUAAACCUUUAACAUCUGAGUUUAAUACCUUGUAACAGAAUAGAUUAUUUAAAAAGGUUUGACUCCCAUUGUCAUGAGACUUAUCUGUGACUGCACAGGCCUGUUUACAGCUACGUAAAUAUAAUUUCUUUCA